AACAGUAACAGUAGCUACAGUACAUGCGCACAGGCAGUAGAGGAGAUGACAGCAGUAGAUCAUGAAGAAGAUGCUCAGGAAUGCUGCCACACCUGCUGAUCAUCACUGAGGAUGAUGAUGGACUCAUCUUAAGCAUUAUACAGCAUCAUCACAUCUAGUCCUUUUCUGAAGGAAGCUGAUGUCUGACUGAGAGCACUACGAUCAGUGAGUUGUUUGGCGCGUGGAUUCAGCAGGGAUCUCACACGCGUCCACGGCUGCGUGAUCGCUCCGUGGAAAACGUGAGCAGAAAGAGGAAUAUGAUUUAAAUCGCAGGGAGAAAGCAAAACCUCAUCAUUCAUCCAUAUUAAAUACGCUUGGAAUUAUCACUCAGGAUCAUUCAGGGAAUCGUCUGGUUUUACACACAAGAGGAUCAUCAUGAUUUCUGCAUGUGAGAAAAUCAAGAAGAAACCUCCCAAAGACAGCCUGACGCUGCUACCCUGCUUUUAUUUCGUAGAGCUGCCCAUUGUGGCGUCCUCCAUGGUUUCACUGUAUUUCCUGGAGCUUACGGAUGUGCUCCAGCCGGCACAGGUGGGAUUCCGGUGCCAUGACCGUUCUCUCAGUAUGCCAUUUGUGGACAGCGGUGAUGAGAUCAUACCUCUGCUCAUGCUUCUGAGUUUGGCAUUCGCUGGUCCUGCUGCCUCUAUCAUGAUGGGUGAAGGUCUGCUGUACUGUAUGCAGUCCAAACUUAAGGUCCGUCCAGGCAAUGAGGGCAGCAUCAAUGCUGGUGGCUGUAACUUCAACUCAUUCCUACGGAGAACUGUUCGCUUUGUCGGUGUCCAUGUUUUUGGUCUUUGUGCAACAGCACUGGUCACUGAUGUUAUUCAGCUGGCCACCGGCUAUCACACGCCGUUCUUUCUUACAGUGUGCAAACCCAAUUAUACCAUCCCAGGUGUGUCCUGCGACAAGAACCCUUACAUCACCAAAGACAUCUGCUCUGGUCAGGAUCAACAUGCCAUUCUGUCUGCCAGGAAAACCUUUCCUUCCCAGCAUGCAACCCUCUCUUCUUUUGCUGCUGUUUAUAUUUCAAUGUACUUCAACUCAACAAUCUCAGAUAGCACCAAGCUGCUAAAACCCGUCCUGGUGUUUGCCUUUGCCAUUGCUGCUGCGUUGACGGGUCUCACUCAAAUCACGCAAUACCGCAGUCACCCCAUCGAUGUUUACGUUGGGUUCUGUAUUGGCGCUGGUAUUGCUGCGUAUCUGGCUUUCCAUGCCGUUGCCAACUUCAAAUCCCCAGAGGACCCUGUUGUCUCGCAACCUCCUCCACUGCAGAAAGAUGCUUUGAGGGCUCUGGCACAGCGGGGUCAUGACUCUGUCUACAACAAGGGACACGCCUCUGAGAGCAAUGAGGAAAUUACAUCGCCAGCAUCUCUAGAUGGGCUGAACCGACCAGUACAGCGUGAGAAAACCUCGCUGGGCAGUUUAAAGAGGGCCAGCGUGGAUGUGGAACUGCUUGCACCCCGCAGCCCCAUGGGUAAGGAGACCAUGGUUACUUUUAGCAACACAUUGCCCCGUGCUACAGCUCCAGAGGAGCCAACCAGACGUCUGGUGACGGUACCUGUACCAAUGGACCCCAUGCGAUCGCAGCAGUUGGUGUCUGAAUGGAAGCAAAAGUCAAUGGAGAUGCGAGGUGGAAGCUUGCCUGAUGAGGAUACAAGCGGGCAGGGAUCAGACGGCGAUGACGAUACCACCACGGAAGAGGACAGCGCACAUUCCUCAAUCUAUCAAACUGUGCCACAGCACCCCAAACCACCUAACCCACCAGCCGGAGCUAAAGUAGUGAUGCCUCCUCGUCCCCCAGGACAGCCUUCUGUCCCUCCACCCGUAUCUCCAAAAAGCGCCAGCACCCGGGCCAAAUGGCUGUCCAUCACUGAAAAGACCGGUGCUAAUAUUCCAGCUAUAAAAGGAGGAAAUCAACCCCGAAUCAUGCAGGUCAUCGCCAUGUCAAAACAACAGGGACUUCUCUCUGGAUCGGCCAAAUCUUCCGAGACAUCAUCCUCUUCGGGCACGUCAUCCGUCACGGGCACGGAGUCGCCCCCCAAUCGCACACCCUCAGAACGUGACAUCAUCACCGUGGAUGCCCACGCCCCCCACCACCCCGUAGUUCGUAUGACCUCUAACCCCAACAACCCCUGGGAGUGGAGAGGAUCUUGUGAUGGAAGCAUGGCCGACUCGUACGAGCUUAAAAACCUCAACCGUGAGAGUUCCCGCAGUUACCGUCACGUCAGGAGCGGCUCUCCUUGUUCGUCCGUCAGCGACGCUGACCGUGCUCCUCCCCAGCCUCCUCACCCACCUCAGCCUCCACUUCCUCCUCAACUUCCACCCAUGGGCCAAACGUCAGAGGGACGCAGUCUGCGCCGUAAGACCCCUCUGGUUCUUCUGGACAGGGAGGGCAGUCAAAACCACACUGAACAGGACAACUACUACAAAAAGAUACAAAGCGGCAGGCAUUUCAGAGAGUGACGGUGCCCUCGAAACGCAUUUAAGAGCACAACUGCAGAUGCGUGGUGGACAUCAUGCAUCAUUCUUGACUCAGUAUUGGAAUGACUGGACCUAUUAAACAAAGACGAUGCUGCUUUACCAUUUAAACAUGAGCACAAUAAGUUUUGCCCUGAAAGCCAAACUACAUUAUCAAAGUGUUUAUUGCAUUUACACAAUCUUCAUAUUCUCAAACGUGCAAGGCAGACUGUAAAAUAAGGUUCGGUUUUGUUUGUACCGCUGCUCUUUUUCAGUUCAUACUUGACUUUAGGAACCUAAACGUGUGGCUGAGUUGAUUUUAUGUGUAUGUGUGUUCACGCACGAUUGUUAAAUGUUGUAGUGAUACAUUGAUAUUAGAAAAUAUUUUAUGGCCUUGUCUGCAGUAACACAGUGAACAUUUCGUCGGCUCUUUAUGAAGGAUGGAAAAACUGCUUUGAGAAAUGUCUCUACUUUCACGUGUGGACAUCUACUGAAGAUUACUGUGUGGUGGAAUAUAUGGAAGCACUUCAAGUAAGCACUUAUAAAUCAUUCGUCUUUCAAUCUCUGUCUGUUAUCAAGAGCCGAACUGGUACUCUUUACGGAAAGUAUUUUCACAGGAUUUGUUGAUCAUGAACCUUAUAAUGGAACAACAAUCGUUCAUUGAAAAACUCCCACUUUUAUGCGUUACAGUGAGAAAUAUUUCUCCAUCUUUUCUGGCGUAACUCACAGAUGAACUCUUUCUAUAAACUCUCUGGGAUUGAUAUGUAAUAGUUAGCGUUUUGUCAUGCUGUUUCCCAGGUGGACUUGAUGCAUGUUAUGUGAGUGUUGUCAAGGUGGAACUUCAGCCUUUUCAGUAAAAUUUGAAAUGUGUUAUAAUGUAAAUGUGCAGCUGUCAGGGCGGAUUGAAUUCUGUGCGUCAGCUCUCUCUUCACGGUGCUCCGGGCUGCUCCAGAAUAUUUUUUUAAGUGGUUGUCCGUAAUGGAUGCUUUGUGCCGUUGAUGCAGUUUAUGAAAAAACAAACAAAAUAAAUGACUAAAUAUAAUAAUAAACAAUCUGCUGUGAAAGAA